AGGGAAGGGCAAAAAAAGACCUUAGAGCUAGAGGUCCAAAAAGGCUGCCAGCAAAAGCCCAAAAAUCCUUCUUCUUAUCUUUAGUUCAGCCAUGAGAGCCACCCUCUUCCUCCAUGAAACCCGCCUGAAAACCUUCAUUAAUACCACAUCUUGAAACUUCUAAAAAUGAUCAGAGAUUCAGCCAUAAAACCUCUAUUACACAGUCACAAAACAUCCUUAAAUUCAAGUAAAUAUUACCCACAGAAUCACUCAAAAAAUGAGCUGAAAAAUAUCCCAAAUCUAGCCCCAAACGGCCAUGAAAGUUCAGCCAUAAAACCUCCAUUAAACCACCACCAAAGACCAGAAAAUAGCUGCAAAAAUCAGCUCCAAACACCCCAAAUUCCAGCCCAGAAACCUCCCCAAAACCUGCUGAAAUUAGGCCCCAAAACCACCAAUUUACAGCCUCAAAACCAUCAAAAUUACAGCCCCGAAAACCACCCAAAACAGCCCUAAAACCAGCCACUAUACCCGCUCUCUUCAACCUUAAAAACGCACAUCUCCACCUCAAAAAUAGCUGCAAAACCGUCCAAAACAACAGUCUCGAAAAUCAAAUCUAAGACACCACAAAACAGCCUCAAGAACACAGUAAAAUCAGCUCCAAAAACAUGAAAAACCAGAGCUUAAUCUCAGCUAUAAAUUAGUCCAAGAACCAUCGCCAAUCAGACUUUAAACCACCACAAAGAGAGUUGAGGUCGAGUUCGUCAUCGCUAGUUUUCGGUCAUGGUCGCUGGUGUUUGGCCGUUUGUUGAAUUGCAAACCUUUAAAAUUCAGAUUCGGCAAUAAAGAUUGGAGCCGUUCGAAGGUCAUUUUGUACAAGAAAGCUAUUUUGGAAUAUCGACCUAACUUCGUUAAAGUAAGUAUCUUGUCUAACUUUGUAUGGGGAAAAUCACCCCUUAGGAUUUGAGAUGAUUGUGUCAUUCGUGUCAUGUAAAGGUCGUGUACGCGAGGUGACGAGUGGUUACACGACCUAUAUGUGGUAUUUGACAGGUUUAGACCGUUAGGCUCCUUUAUACAAUUGAUUGUAAAUAUCGUUUCAUGAUUAUAUCUUUUGUUGUUAAAAUUGUUUGUUCGUGCUUUACUUGAAAUUGUUAGCACAUGUUCCAUCCUUGUUGUCAAGUUCAACCUUAUAUGCUAAUUGUUAAUUGUAAUCACUCAUUGAAUUCAUGCUUUACCUGCUACAUGCCUUAAUUGUCAAUUGAUUCUCAAAAAUUGUGCCUUGGCUUAUGGAUUGUCAUUUGCUUUCUAUUUGAUUUCGUGAGCUAUCGUGUAGCCUUUUUCAUUAGUUGUGACUUCUUUGUGUAGCCUCGUUAUUUCUUUUGAUUUUGUGAUAUACCCUAGUUGGUUGUAAAUUGGUUGCCUAAUUUGUGUUGCUUGAGGAUCGGGUUGCACCUGCAACAAAUAUGAUUUAUUAUUGUAAGGGAUCGGGUUACACGUCGCAACAGAUAUAAUUUAUUAUUGUAAGGAAUCGGGUUGCACGCCGCAACAAAUAUGAUUUAUUAUUGUGAGAAAUCGUGUUGCAUGCCGCAACAGAUAUGAUUAUUAUUGUGUGAGAUCGUGUUGCACGCCGCAACAUAUAUGAUUAAUAUUGUAUGGGAUGGGGUUGCACGCUGCACCAAAUGUACAGAUAUGAAAUUAUUGUGAUAUUAAGGUUAAUUCUGAUUGUGAUUCUCAUGAUAUAUUUCAUGUUAGAACGGUUACUGUGGUUUCUUAAAUCACUUCAUUGUAUUUUGAUCAUUUAACUGUCAAUAUAUUAAAAAUGGAACAAUAUUGACUCCUUGUGCGAGUCAUGCAGCCUGUGUGAUAUGUUAAGUUGCUGAGAAUAUAGCAGAGGUAAAUGAAAGAAUUUUCAAGUUGUUCCCCUUGUGUGUCUUUCAAAAAUAAAACUCAUAUCUUAUUCGGAGAUUUACUAAAUUAAAUGGUGAUUAUAUUUUUACUCUAAUUGAUAUCUCAACCUUCUCAUUAUCCUAUUGUCGUGUAAUUUGCGUGAAAAAUUAUUAUUUCGUUUUACUUUAAUAAAUCCCAUAUUUAUCUCGUUAAAACUUGGUUGAAUGUAUUAUUUUGUAUAAAUACAAUAUUUUCUCGGAUCUCAUAUACUUCUAAACUAAACUCAAUUGAUUUUCUAUUUGUACAACCUCUCCACUAUUUUAUCUUAUUUAAAUCCUAAAUUGGCUUAAUGACUCAUGAUGCUUCGCUGUAUUUAAUUUGAAAAUUGUAUUUAAUUGUGUUUAAAUUAUUCAUUGAUCGUCUUGGUUGAUAUUGAUACGGAAAUUAUACACAUGGUAGCACCAGGAUUUUGCCAUACAAAAGUGAUUCGGAAGCUAUGGGUACAAGAUGCCACGUGUGUAAGAAUUGGGAGUUGUGAAUCAUGAGUUGAGAUUUCGAGGAGUGAUAUCUCGGAUAAUUUAUGUUGAAAUACAUGCAUCAUAAAUAAUUUAAUUGAUUGAUUUGUCAUAUGAUUCCUUACUUGAACUCAUUCAUAUGUCAUUUGUACUCUCACUAUAUUGUUGCUUAAUUACUUGAUUAUUUUCUCGUUGUUAUCCGUGUUCUCAUUGUUGAUUUGAAUUGUAAUUUCUCCCGUUAUUGGCCUUACAUUGAUAUUCUUUCCUUGUUAGUUUUAUGUUGCCUUUUGUACAGGUUUACAUGUCCGGUCGGUGUCUUGACCUCGCCUCGUCACUACUCUACCGAGGUUAGGCUUGAUACUUACCGCUGUGGUGUACUCAUGCUACUAUUCUACACAUUUUUGUGCAAAUCCAGGUACCUCAGAGUUGUUGAUAAUCUUGCUAAUAGAUUAGACAUUGUUGUGUAGACUUAAGGUAUACCUGUUGUCCCGUUCGCAGGCCUCAGAGUCACUUUCUGAUAUUUUCCUGCACUGUUGAUUCUAUUCUAGAACAGUUGUAUUUAGAGAUUUUUCUAGUAAACUCUGUAAAGCUUGUGACUGUACUACCGGUUUUGGGAUUGUAAGAAAUUUCUAUUUCAUAUUUAAUACUUUUUGGUUGAGUCAUCUCUAAUUCAGUAAGUGUUAGGCUUACCUAGUCUUUAAAACUAGGUAUCAUCAUGACAUCCUACGGAGGAAAAUUUGGGUAGUGACAACCAGCCAACGACAACAAAAAAAUAUAUGUAAAUUUCUCCAAGUGUAUGAACAAAGCACAAAUGCAUGAAGUUUAUUUCUAUUUCUCCAAAUAUACAACCAAGGAAACGUUGCCUUAAAGUUAACAACGUCGACAAAUGCCGCACCUCGUUCGAUUAACUAUAGGUGAUAAUUUUGCAUUGAACUAUCUUCAAUUUGUCUCCUCUUUCUAUUUGUUGCAAGGAGGCAGUGCACAAGUGAGAUUCCAGCCCAUAACUGGUCAUCAGCUGGCUGCCGCAUCAGAUAAGGUGGUUUCAAUCUUUGACGUCGAAAAUGACAGGCAACUACAGUCUUUCCAGGGACAUUCUGGAGUGGUGAACUACCUUUGUUGGGAUCUCAAUGGUGAUCUACUGGCAUCAGUAAGUGAGGAGUCCGUUAAAGUUUGGUCAUUGACCACCGGUGAUUGCAUCCAUGAGAAUCAGUUCCACUCUUGUGUCUUUCAUCCUAGCUGUUCAGCUCUAUUGGUGAUUGGAGGAAUGAGGAAAUAAACAAGGAGUAGCCGCAACCUUGCCAUAAGAGAUGUGGACAUUUACUUCUGCUCCAGGUGCUUAGGGAAAAAGUCCGCACUGAUGUUGUAGUCUGUAUUGCUCAAAGAAAUAUCCAUUUUUCUGUUUGUUAGUCACAUUAGAGUUAUGGUUUGCUUAAAGCAAGUUGAGCACACUGAGCAAAUGUUUCGGUAGUACUAGGGGAAGCAUAACAACUUCUGCAGCUGUUCUGGUGAUUAACAACAACUAAUAACAUGAUAUAAAUUUCAGCUUA